UCCUGCGGCCGCCAUUGUUCUGAUUGCUCGCGCUGGUCGCUGGUCACCGGUGAUCGGUGACCUACUCGAAAAAAUUUGUAAAAUUCGUGAAAAGUAACGUUUAUAGUGUAAAUCUAAUAUAAGCUGAAUCUAAUAGCGAAAAUUUCCACUUUGGUGUGAACAGAGACAAGCAAGUCCGGCAUUCAAUGUGUUAAUUAAUUCUCAUGACGCGACCUGCCGUUACGUGCCAUUUGAUGCGCGUAAUCAUGAUAUAAUUUUGAUAAAUAUAUAUAUCGUGUAAUAUUCCACGAUUUCCACGUUAGAUAACCGACGAGAAUGGCGGUCACUAUUGAUUCUGUGAUAUAUCUGUGUCUUGUGGCGAUUCUUUGGGGAGUAACCAAUCCGUUCAUGAAGAAAGGUGCGCUAGGUUUGGAAGAUGUCAAGGCCACGUCUUUUUACGGGCAAUUUGUCAAGGAGAUCGCGUUUCUCAUCACUAACCUGAAGUAUCUCCUGCCGUUUCUAGUUAAUCAGUGCGGUUCGGUAUUGUACUUCCUGACCUUGCAGAGCACCGAUUUAUCUCUGGCUGUGCCAGUUUCAAAUUCCCUUACCUUCGUAUUCACUGCGAUCACAGGCUGGUUCCUGGGCGAGGAAAAGGUACACAGAAAUACCUAUCUGGGAAUGAUGCUUGUACUAUGUGGGACCACGUUGUGUUGUUGGGACAAAGUGAAUAAAACGGUGGAAUUGUGAUAUGCAC